CACGCGAAACAAGUGUACUUGUAGUGGUAGUCAUAUGACUGACAAGCGAGUAGUCUAAAGUGGGUGAGGUAAAUAAUCACGGCGCAAACCUUCCACAAAUCGGUGCAAAAUGAAGGGCGUCCUGUUCAACAUCGACGGCGGUUACCUGGAGGGCCUCUGCAGGGGUUUCAAGUGUGGAAUCCUCAAGCAAUCCGACUACCUGAACUUGGUACAAUGUGAAACUCUGGAAGACUUGAAGCUGCAUCUCCAAGGCACUGACUACGGCGCAUUCUUGGCCAAUGAACCAUCUCCACUAGCUGUGUCCACCAUUGAUGACAAACUCAGGGAAAAGCUGGUGAUUGAAUUCCAGCAUUUGAGAAAUCAUGCUGUUGAGCCUUUGUCCACCUUCCUGGACUUUAUCACUUACAGCUACAUGAUUGACAAUAUCAUCCUGUUGAUCACUGGUACACUCCAUCAGAGACCCAUCUCUGAGUUGAUUCCUAAAUGCCAUCCUUUGGGCAGUUUUGAACAAAUGGAAGCCAUUCAUGUGGCUGCCACUCCGGCUGAGUUGUACAAUGCUGUCUUGGUGGACACUCCACUUGCUCCAUUCUUUGUGGACUGCAUCAGUGAACAGGAUUUGGACGAGAUGAACAUUGAGAUUAUUCGUAAUACUCUGUACAAGGCUUAUUUGGAGGCUUUUUAUGAGUUCUGCAAGGGUAUUGGAGGUGAAACAGCUGAUUGUUUAUGUGAAAUUCUUGCUUUUGAAGCUGAUCGUCGUGCAAUCAUCAUUACCAUCAACUCUUUCGGAACUGAGUUGAGCAAAGAUGACAGGGCGAAGUUGUACCCGCGUUGCGGAAAACUGAAUCCAGAUGGCCUUGCUGCAUUGGCACGUGCUGAAGAUUACGAUCAAGUGAAAGCAGUUGCUGAGUAUUACGCCGAGUAUUCCAAACUAUUCGAAGGUGCUGGUAAUAAUCCAGGCGAUAAAACUUUGGAGGAUAAAUUCUUUGAACAUGAAGUGCGUUUGAAUGUGAACGCAUUCUUGCAACAAUUCCACUUUGGAGUAUUCUACUCCUACUUGAAGCUGAAAGAACAGGAGUGCCGCAAUAUCGUGUGGAUCUCCGAAUGCGUUGCGCAGAAGCACCGCGCCAAGAUCGACAACUACAUUCCAAUCUUCUAAGCACAAUACGCGAAAUACACACACACACAGAAACAAAACAAAUGUAAAUGUUAAAUGAUAAAUGGUUGCAGAUAUGGAUCGCUACAAAAUUCCUACCCCGGCAUUCAUCGUUGUUUGUCGUUUGUCUCUAAUUUAUGAAUGUAUAAUCCGAACUUCUUGUGUCCAUCUGUUUAUAUCUUUCGUUCGCGUAGAGAAAUGUUAGUGGAUUGCGCAUGCGUCGGUUGAUCAACACGCAUCAAUCUGUAUCUGUAAGAUAGUGUUGUUAUAAUGGAUGUAAUAUCGAGUUUAUUGUUUUAUUUGUAAUAUACAUACCAAUAUUAAUUCUAGUUUGUAGGCACGAGAUACAGUGAGCAUGUAAAAAUAUGAACAUAUUGAAAUAUUAAACACAUGAUAUCAUCAAAUAGAAA